AUGACCUCCUACCACGCGAUCGAUUCGCUGAUACUCGCCGACGACCUCCCACCGCCAUCGAUUGCUGAUGGCAAGAUCGAUGCAGGUGGCCCUUCUCUAUACAGCGUCUUAUUUGUUAUUUAUUUCAACCGAUCUCGUCCGCUGCUCCUUUCUGCCUUCCUCCUGAACAAUUCCACCCAUUACGACCUACCUGCUCGAUUCCAAACCCGAGCUGCUCCUAAAGAAAACGACGAAACGACCUGCCGCUACAUUCUUCUUUACACCGAUCUGCUAACGUUGAUUAUGACCCAAACGACUAGAUUUAACGCUUCCGACCUGGGUUCUUUUUCCUUUCCUCUUCCCCAACGAUACAACGACCAUCCGCUGCCUCUAACAAUUGGAAUCCCAAAAAUGACCUGUUUCCUCUGUCCCCUAUCGCCACAGCCUUUCUUCCUGAUGGAUAUGACCAAUAAGAGCUAA